AUGCUACAAGACGUCUUGAACCUCAGAAAGAAUAACUGGGUGCCUCAUAGAGGAGACCAGGGUCCUAAAACAAUCGACCAGAUCCACAAGGAGGCAGAGUGUCCUCAAGUUGCUGAGGAUGAAGACGACAACAAGUUUGUGACUGAGCAGAAAGUGGAGUUCACCACAGGAGAGGAGACGGAGUCAAAGGAAGUGGAUGAGAAGAAGGUCCUCACUGGAGAGGAGCUCAGCAAACAGCUGGACAGACUCAUCCAGGACAAAGCCAACAACGAGCGCAUCAGAGACUGGGCUGAGGCUAACUUGGACGAGCAGCAAACUGCUUCCAACCAGUUCGUACGAGCACUGAUGACGUCAGUGUGUCAGUCUGCCAUCAUAUGUGACAACUCGUACAGGGUGGAUGCACAGCAGAUCAGCCGGAGAGCCAGUCUGCUGCAGAGAUACCUGUCUGAUGAGCAGAAGGAGCUGCAGGCCCUCUACGCCCUCCAGGCUCUGAUUGUGCACAUGGAGCAGCCAGUGAACCUUCUGCGGAUGUUCUUUGACGCCUUGUACGACGAGGACGUUAUUAAAGAGGAGGCCUUUUACAAAUGGGAAACCAGCAAAGACCCUGCGGAGCAAACAGGCAAAGGUGUGGCCUUGAAAUCAGUCACCGCCUUCUUCACCUGGCUCCGCGAGGCCGAGGAGGAGUCUGACAAGGAGUAAAAGACUGAACUGAAAGCUGCCGCCCCCCUUUGGCAAGGCGGGGGCUCUGCAGGCGGCUGCAGAGAGUCAUGGACAAUAUUGCCAGAGAGGCAGACUCAAAUCAAUCCUCAAUGAGGAUAAAUCUUUAUUAUUUUUUUCUUUUCUUUGAGGGAUGGACUCAGAAAACAAUCAUUUCUCUCUACCCUCCCUCUCUUGCUUCCUCAUUAUUUCCCCACCUGCUUGUCACAGCAAGUGUCCUCAUCAAAUAAACUUGAAAACUGAUUCAGCAGGAUUGCUUGUUAACGAGGUGUGAAGUAUCCCACAUCACUACGAAACUCUUUUUCUCACAAUAAUACAAACCAACAGGCUGCUUUUUUAUGGUUCUAGAUAAUUCUAAUGCCUAACAUCCUAUCUGAUCUGCAAGAAUAAACAGCAGGGGCGUGUGGUGUAGUGGGUUCCCUGAUACGUGGGUAUCGUCAUGCCAUAAUGUGUGUUCAAUCCAAACUCAACUCUUAUGUCUUUGUCCCUUACUGGAGUGUGCAGCAUGACUGAAGUGUGUUUCUAUUAAUGAUACAGUGGCCGAAACGUCGAUAGACAAAUGUACAUGAACUAAUCUUAAUUUGAUGGAUGGAGUUUUUAAAGCAAAGGUUGUCUAUUUUCUCUUCCUGUUUCCCAUCAUGAACUUAGAGGACAAGGAGAAACAUGGAGGACCGGUGUUGACCUUUGACCUUGACUACUAGGGGAUGGUCUUAAUGCUUCCUCUAAGCCAUCCUCUUCCAUCCCCAGUAGUGAGCCACACUGACUGACUCUUCAUCUUUACCUCUUCUAUACUUAACCCUGAGCUGUCGUAGAGGACACUUAAUGACCCAAUCACCGUUAAAACUUGAAAUCUACAGAAAAUUGACUUGAUGAAAAAUAUAUAAACUUUAAAAAAAAAACAACACAGAAAUGAUCCGAAAGCCUUUUCUACUUAAAGUGGAAACUUAUUUCAGGAGCGUUCUGUAAAUAUAUAAUAAUAAUAAUUAAAAAAAACUUUUUUUUUUUUCAGUUUUAUUUUUCAGAAACGAUAAAUUGCUGAUGUAAUUGCAGUGUAUCCUUUUCCAACAGAAGCAACAGUUGUCCAGAUGCAGAGAGGUGCUUUAGAUAAUCCAUUGAUUAUUAGUUGUAUUGGAAUUUUGUAAAUAUUUUUUUUGCUUUCUUUAUUUAAGAAAUUAUUGCUUCUUUUGCAUCGGAAACUGGAAAGAUGAGGUAACGGAGCAUUGCAAAUAAAGGACUUAUUAAGUUGCUGAA